CGAAUAAAAACAAAUAUCCUUGCUUUUGCUUUUAAUUUGUGACAUUUUCUGAUCAAAGUAGAAAAUAUAUCCUAAAAGAGUUCUCCUAGUCAACAAGAGGGUUUACACUGGAAUUAUUGCUCAGCAUUGCAACAUUUUGGAUGCAUUUAGUGCGUGAAACAGCUGAUUUCCACUAGCGAGUGUACUGCUGAUAAGCGCUACCCAACAGUACCCCCUGCUGGUACACUUCCUUUAUCAGUGGGUUUAGUGUUUUCACCUCCGACAAGAUUAAUCUCUCCGUGCAAAUCAAUAUGAGCGAUGGAGCCAACGAAGGUGCAGAUGGUGGACCACCGGCCCAACCAGUACUAUCCGCAGUGGCCAGCGUUACAACGAUGGACACCAGUGAACCGGCCACAGUACCUCCGCCACUACCACCAAGAGAGCAUUUGAUUGUUACCGCCAUCAAGUUCCUCAACAACCCGAACGUAGUUCGUAGUGCCAUAAACAAGAAGCAAGCAUUUCUUCGGUCGAAGGGUCUAACGGAGGAUGAAAUUCAAAUCGCAUGCGAACGGGCCGGAGUGUUCACGGCGGACCCUGCCGCGCUGCCGACACAGACCGUCAUCAGUAUGGGCGUGGAGUCCAGUGGGGCCAGCUUUCCAAAGUCCAGCUACCAAGUACAGCCCCGACAAAAUUUCCUCACCCGCAUGAAGGACAUGCUAAGUUCGGUUGCCAUGCUUAGUGGACUGAUGUACGGGGUCUAUAUGUUCUACAAGAAAUUUAUAGAACCCCUGCUGUUCCGAACCAAGAAGAAGAAAAGCGUUACCGAGCAACUGACCGAGCUAAAUCAGUCGGUAAACACGAAAAUAGACACGCUGAACGGCGAGCUGACGAAGAUUAAGGAGGAACUGAACCGGGUGAAUCAAUUGCACGCGAACAUGAAGGAACUGAAUAAUUUCAAGGGCGAUUUAGACUCCAUCAAGGGUCUAUUACUGAACAGGAAACAAUUUGCGGCACCAAAUCUUCCGAUCGUUCCACCGUCGAUUCCUGCCUGGCAACUGCGUUCCCAGCAGCACCAGCCGCCAAGCAGUGAGGGCGAGCACGAUAAGAACGACGACAACGAUACCGGUUCCGGAUCGGGCUCGAGCGAAAACGAUGUGGUGCUGAAGAACAGUGAUAGCAGCCUGGAGAUUAUGUAAUAAGAGUUAUCGUAGUUCUAGUUUUAGUUGCUUUCGAACACUACCCGCUGGUCUGUUUUUUUCCCCCGGUUGGCAAUCGGAUUAAUUUCCCCGCCUUGUUUUAGACUCCAGGAUGCCGCUCUAUAAUAACACCACACCAUAUCUCUCUAUCUUUUUCCCCGGUACUUUGCAGAUCGUAAUCCUCUAAAGUUUACCGGGACAAGACAGCAAGAUCGAACUGCGCGCGAAUGGACGACUAUCUUCAUUUUCAAAGAUAUAAACAAGCAUACGACGACGGGUACGAAGCGUAACACGGAAGCGAUUGAUGUGGAAGCGUUAAGAACAGUUUCAUUGCAAUAUAAAUUACCAACCAAACAAUAGACUUUGUGGUUAGGCGUGGGGAGGAUUAAACGCGAGGGAUUGACCAACAGUACCAACUGAUGACUCCAAAAUGCAAUUACAUUAAGGCAACUAUUGUUUUUAAUCACUUCCACAAUAGUAACAGGAUAACCCAUCAUCGCGUAUUAUAGUGUUCGUUUGAUUUAGUUUUCCGCUUGAACAAGCUUUAUCGCCAACAUGGGACAUGGGAAAAGCUAGAUGUGUAUAAGUUCGUUUUAAAUAGACUUACGAUAUUCGGUAUUCGGAGAUACGGAAUAACAGUUCGGCAGAUAGCGAAAUGGGCGAAAAGAGUGUUGUUUUUUUGUGAAGAAAUACGGUGGUUGGUUAGAAAUUAGAGCGAGAAUCGAAGAAGGAUGGUAAAGAUAAUGA